GAAAGGUUUUAAAUUUUAAACAAUAAAAAAAUAAUGAGAACAUUGAUAGUAAACGGAAGGAAAAUAAAAACAGGCAAGCACAAACCCAAUUAGACCCUCUAAGUCAAACACAUUGCAAUGCAACCUUUUGAUAUAAAUUAGAGAAAGAUUCCCAAAAGAAACUCCUCAUAAACACUCACACUCUUGAGCUCAUCACAAAUUCAAUUUGAAAAAGACUCCUAACAACAAUACCCACCUUCUAUACCUUCCUUACACACAUAUAUAUCUUCACAUACAUACCCUCUUCUCUAUCAUAAUCUUCUCAUUCCUCUCUCUCACACACACAAUGUCUUCCAACAAGAAAGGAAUCAUGAGAACGAUACUACUCUCAUCAAAUGGUGGUUGCGGCUGCGGUAAACAGAAACCCUCUGAGGUUCACCAACCCGCCCCAAAACCUAAGAUCUCCGUGUAUCAAACCACAAACCCUAGCACUUCCUCCACCACUUCCGGCGACCCCGCUGACGACGAGGACUUCACCUCCACCACCAUCUCCGACACCGACACUCAUCAUCAAGACUACAGCAAUAAUAACAAGGGCAUUAUUGCGAAGAAUAAUAAUGGAUUUCAGGUAUUCAAUGCUUCAAAUGAUCCUUCAAAAAGAGAUCUUCUCCGAAUCGGGUCUUCAAGAGCUUCUACAAUGCUUUCUGGAGCUGAAUUCGCCAUGUCAGCACCAAAUCAUUGUUCAAGCAUUCAUGGAGAUCUGUGAAGAGACCUUCCCUAAGAAGUUCUGUGAUGGUGAACCCUCUUCCAGAAAGUAGUUAGCUAGCUUCAUUAUUGGGUGAAUGACGAUGAUUGAUAGGUCAGCCAUGGCCAUGUGACUGCAUUGAAUUGCAGCACGUGGGAAGAUGCUCUGUUUGUGUUGUGCAUGGAAAAGUCAUCGUCACAACUUGCAAUGCAAAUCAUUCGUUUUCAAUUAAUUCCCCAUUCAUUGAUCUUUCUAUUAUGUACCUUUUGGGGUUGAAAUUUAAUUUAUUCACAUUAUUUUCGGGAUAUAGCCUUUCAAUUUGGCUGUAAAUUUUGACUAAGAGAACUAGACCUUUCUUAAUUGUUGCUAACUUUAUUAUUAUAUUAAUACAGCUAGUAAAUUAGUCAUUCGUAUAGAAUAUAUACUAUGCAUCCAUAAUGAAUUAAAUAAAUAUAUAGUAACUAAUUUGUUUAUUUGUUGGUGUAUCAUGUGUCCUAGUUGUAGCUUAGCUUGCAUGGAGUUAAAUAAUAACCAAAUAUAUCUUGAUUGUUUCUAUCUAUUUAAUUUAAGUUUGGAAAUAUGCAAAUUCAAGUAUCUUUAUAUGAAUAUAAUUGAAUGAAAUGAAAUUUUAUUGAGUAUGAAUCUCUCUUUAAUUAUUCAUUAAAAGGGUUAUGAAUCAAUAGAUUUUGUCACUUAUUUAUUGAGCAAUCAUGUAUGUUAGUUUGAAGGAGGUUAGUUAAGAUAAAUAAUAUCAUCAGCUAGAUUUCCUUUUCCCAUUGUAUGGCGAAAUUUCUAUAUAUUUGUAGAGAGAUGAGUUUUUUUUUUUUUAGUCUUUUACAUAACACACACAUACACACUCACACAACCAUUAUUACUAUGGUAUCUAUAACUUCCUAAGCCUAUUAUCAAGAUUCGAAUUCUUGUGCAGCUUCUUGUGAGACAACAGAUUCUGUCCUUGAUUCCAAGCCUCAACUUCGAGAUUAGUUUAAUUAUGUUGUAAACUAUUAAGGAAAUUUGGGAUUGUGGAGCCUAGAUAGUAGAUAUGUAUUGACUCUUGGGCUUUUGGUUUUUUCUUUUUUGUGUUUUUACCUGGUCUUUUGAGUUUGACUUGCAGCUACAAUUUAUUUAUUUAUUUUUAGUAUGCUCAGAGAAGCAAAUAAAUAAUAUAUUUCACCCUUUCGAAUGUAUGAAUAAGGGGGCAGGCGGGCAGCAUUUAUUUUAUUGUUAUUUUUUCCUAGAUAUUAUUUUUGGUAUCUGUGGAAUAAAUCAGAGUAGUAUUUCUUUCUUUUAA